AUGAGUAACUCAAAGCUUGCAAAUGAUACCUCUAUUGAAAACAUGUAUCUUGAUACAAUUGAUAGAUCAAGUUUAGAUUUUGACUUUGAAAAAAUUUGUUCAGUAUCACUAUCAAAUAUCAAUAUUUAUGCUUGUUUAGUGUGUGGAAAAUAUUAUCAAGGAAGAACGAAAAACUCUCAUGCCUAUUAUCAUUCAAUUGACAAUAAUCAUCAUGUUUUUAUCAAUUUAAACAACCUAAAAUUCUUUAUUUUGCCUGAGAAUUAUGAGAUUAAAAAUACAUCAAAUUUAAACGAUAUCAAGUACUUGAUCAAUCCAACAUUUGAUUCAUCUCAAAUUGAAAAAUUAAAUCAAAAGGUUCCAUUUAAAAAAACAUUAUAUUCUCAUGAUUUAAAUCAUAAGAUUUAUAAAAUUGGGUUCAUCGGAUUAAACAAUAUUAAAUCUAAUGAUUAUGCCAAUGUUAUUUUACAAUCGUUGAGCCACAUUUCAAGUUUAAGAAACUUUUUCUUAAAUUUGAACAACUUUGGUACAAUUGAUAAAAACAUUUUAAAUACAAAAUUCGGAUUAUUAAUUCGAAAAAUCUGGUCAAAAAAUUUAUUCAAGCCUCAUAUUAGUCCCCAUGAACUACUACAAUACAUUAGUUUAUUAUCUUCAAAAAAAUUUACAAUCAAUCAACAAAGAGAUCCAAAGGAUUUUUUAUUAUGGCUAUUGAAUAACUUGCAUGAUGGAUUUGUUAAGAUUAAUCAUUACGAACACGACCAUGAUAAUAGUAAUAUCCAUAGUAUCCAUAGCAGCCAUAGUAAUAAUCGCAGAAGUCACACGAUUGUUUCAAAUUGUUUCCAGGGAAAGAUAAUUAUCAAAUCUCAAUCGAUUAUUGUUGAAAAGGAUUCCAAAAGCGAUAUAUUGAAAUUUGAAAAGAAAAGUCAAUCAAAUUCAUCAAUAAAUAAGUUUUGGAUAUUAACCUUGGAUUUGCCAUCGAUUCCGUUAUUUAAAGAUGGCAAUACAAUUAAGGAGAUUCCUCAAAUUUCAAUUUAUACUCUAUUAAAUAAAUUUAAUGGAAUUCAAACCCAAGAGCUAACAGGAGAGAGUAGAACAUUUCAAAUUAAAAAAUUGCCUCUGGUUUUAAUAUUUCAUAUCAAUAGAUUUAGUAAAGAUAACUCGAUCAAGGGACUAAGUGGAGUUGAAAGAAACCCAAUAGUUAUCAAUUUCCCAUUAUCAAAGCUCGAUAUGAGUGCUUAUUUGGAAAACAGCAAAAAAAGAAACAUCAAGAGAAAACCAGUCUAUUACAAGCUAGUAGCCAAUAUUAUUCUUGAGACAAAAAGCGAAAACGAUAAUAUGAAAGAGAACCUGGACAUGUUUGUCUGGAAAAUCCAACUAUUGGACAAGGCCACUAACAGUUGGUAUGAAAUUACCAAUUUAGACGUCAAAGAGGUGAGUAAAGAGGUAUUACUCUUAGGGGAAAGUUACAUUGAGUUUUGGGAAAGGGAGUGA